AUGGCGGCCACUCGAAUAAAUCCGAACCGCCCUUUCAUUCGCCUCUCUCCCUCCCACUCCCGAAACAACUCGCGCUCAACCUCCUCACUGGAGAGAAUCCCCGGCUCCGUCUAUCAGCAACUCGACCCUCUCCUCAGUAACCUUUCUCCCGAAUCAACUCUCCAAGCCCUCACAUCCAUCGACGCAGUCCCUUCGAAUGAACAAGGUGCUCAUGAUAUUCUUUCACGAAGUAUCUCCCAGGUGUCGCCUUCGGAACGCGCCCUAGGGAUACGCGCGGCGGUAGCUGCCCAAAACCUGAACUUGUGGCAUAAAGAGGUCCAAUCAUGGGAUUGGCCAAAUCAACGCGACGCAAAGGUCGGGAUGGGUUUUAUUCCUCCGUCUGAGUCGUGCUCUGGGGAAAAUUCUAUCCCUUGGGGCUUUUUGGCUCCCCCUAGCAACACCCAGGAAAGCUACUACGGAAGCUUGUCAGCCAGCGUCGUCGAGCGAUACGAGAGGAGGGCGGACGAAAUCCGCGAUGGAAUGGAAGAUCUUAACGUGGAAGAAUUAAAGGAACACGUUUUGAAUGCCCACAUUCCCUCCAGGUCUCGGCCCUCGUCCGCCACAAGCUGUGUGUCCGUGCCUCCGCCGCUCAGCUAUGUACAACUGAGUGACUUUACAGCUGUCAUCACAGCAACCAUUUUGCGCGCUCUUCCAUACCUGUCGCGACUGAACGCUUUACUAGCCACUUGGGACAUUCGCAUUUUUGUCUUACGCCAAAUUCCUGGGCUGCUGAGGGAGCUCAGCUUGACCCGCUCCGCCCUUGACUCCUCCCUCCACGCCAUCAGAGCCCCACAUUCUUUUUUCCCCGACCCUACCGAAUUAUCCGAUGCUUCUCUAGCUGUUGACCAUGUUAAACUUGAGUCCGCAGUUGUGGCUGUGGGGAGGCGGAUGGACCGAGUUCUCGACGCGUUGGAAGGUCGUCCGGAUUCUUUGCCCGAACAAUGGAUUGAUGAUUUGGAAGCCAUUGAGUCUGAUUUUGCUGCGUGGGUUGUCGAGGCCGAUAAUUACAAGGUUCACAAUGCGUGGCUCCGGUCAAAAGCCGAGUCUGAAAUGGCUGAGAGGCGCGCAGCCGACCUACAACGCACAGAGUCGUUGAAGGAAACACAACAGGACCAAACUUCCGAUACAGUUGUAUCGGAACCUUCCGAUGAUCGUCGUUUCCCCCAGGAGCAGGCCGUCAAGCAUGAGCCUGAAAUCCAGUGUGGUAUUGGACACUCAUCCAGUGACGCAAAACCAACUAGCUCGCAAUCUGUUGAAAACAACACGGUGCCUCUUAACGAGACGCCACUUCCUGCAGUCGAAGGGAAUGUGUCGCCAAAGCUCAAACUCUCAAUAUCUCUAUCCAAGUCUCCAAUGGAAGAGAAGCAUGAGGAUUUAGAAACACCAACACAGUCCGACUUUCCACCAACUCCUGCGAUCAAUCGACAGCCCUUCUUAACUCCUGCAUCUACGCCUUGUGCAAUUGAUCGCAGCUUGGAAAACAAGGAAAACAUUCCUCCGCCCGGCUUCCAACAGCUCGAUGGAGCUAUGUCACCUCCCAGUCAGGUAUCGACAAGACCAAGUCCAUUGUCCGAGCAUACUGACGAUUCAUUCGUUCAACAUUCCACUGUACCUGAAAUGGAAGUCCAAAUUUCCAAGGUCGUCUUCUCUGUUGGGGUUGCCGCCGCGGAAGAGGCGAAUGCCCCCGCUGGUCGCAAAGACUUGCCUCGUGAUACUGUGGCUGGUGAAGAAGAACAGACCUCCGACGAGGAGGAAAAACAACUUUCUCCACAACACAAAGCAGCGGAACUCAAUCCUAAGCCUAAAACCAUCGGUUCUCCUGCUGGCCAGGACCCUAAAUCUCCAAACCGGCCCCGUGAACAGAACCAGUGUGAUACUCCGGUAGCAGCAACUAUCUCCCCGGUUCUCACACCAAACAGGUCAGUAAUCCGAGUGCCGAAAUCGAGACCGCCUAGCAGGGUUUCCCAAAUACCCAUGGCGGUGGCAUCACCCAAGUCAGGCUCGAUCGAGUCUCACCACCCGCGGAAUGAAGGGAAAGCAGAAUCUUGUCAACGGAAUGUUCCCAAGCCAUUGCAGAGCCCCAUUAGACUUUCCAAAUCCCGCCAAGGGAAGCAUGAUCUCGACAAAGAUAGUAAAGUGGCGCAUAAAAUCACGCGUCGUCGUCGGUCAUCUACUGGAUCUGUGGGUUCUUUGCUUUCAGACCAUUCUUCUCUCAUAUCCAGUCCCGAGACACAUGGGCAGCACAUUACUUCCUCUAAUGUGACACCCCUUGGGCCAUCGUCUCGCCCUGAAUCUACGCAUCCUCCUUCGCAUGGGGAUCAUACCUUGAGAGAGGAUCGUCUGCGUCGUUUGGAAAACCAGAAGCUUGACCCGCGAAUCUCCUUCCAACAAAAUCGCACGGUCAGUCUACCCCUCGAGCGGUUCAUCAAUGAACGCUUGGAGUUGGGCAUGGGAAGCGAGUCGGCGCCAGGUGUGGCUAGUGUGAAAUCGUCUAGGACUAGAACACACUCUGUUACAUCGGCCGACUUCGCAAAAUCCCCAAAGACACGAACCAGAAUCACAUUCCAAGAUACUUCUGCUUCGUCCAUUCCACCAGUUCCACGUCUCCCGACUCAGCAUAAAUUGUCACGAGGGAAGUCUGCAAGUGACUUGAACACUCAAAAUGAAAUGGCAAAAAUUGCGGAACGAAACAGAAAGACGUUCGGGAUGAAUUCCGCUCGAAGGGCCAUGGAACAUCUUCUUCAGCCCAAGUCUCUCCGAUGGCGUCAACGACUGACUACCCAUCCGAGUCUCGAAAGUCUGGGUGUGAAGAGACAAGAGCUGUCAUAUGUAGAAGAGCAUGAAUCCGAACUCACCGAUUUCGGAUUCCGCCCUUCCUCGCCAACCAAGCACAGCAAACAACCGCGAGACCAGCUCGACGAAAAGAUCAACUCGAUUCUCAACUCGCUGCCGGGUAAAAUCCAUUUGGUCGAUUCCAACCACGAAGUAGACGCAUCCUCAUCGGUCUCAUCCGUGGACCGACGAAUGCGGUACAGAUCCGAAUCUCCCACUGGUCCAACUCGCAGCACGACGCCCGCACCUUCUCUGACAUUAAUGCCCGCUGCCCGAAGACGGCACUCUCAUGCCUACAAGACGGAGGACAGCUGUGUCAAACUCUACCACCUCCACCAUGGGGGCCAGUCCGCACCGACAAAACUGUUCGUUCGCACCGUUGGCGAAGAGGGGCAGCGAGUGAUGGUUCGUGUUGGCGGUGGAUGGGCCGACCUGGGCGAAUACCUUCGUGAAUAUGUCAUUCAUCACGGUCGUCGUAAGGUGUCUGAAACGCCUCGUGUGGAGGUGCAGGGUAUAAAGACACGUUCCUCACCACCCCACGCUUCUCCGGGUACUAAGCUAACCCCGGCUACCUCAUAUCUUGCUUCUGGCCGGGCUACCCCCUCUCGACCAUCCUCCGUGCUCAGCGCUCGGCCACCUUCAUCCCUUACAGUUCACAAGAAACGACGAGGCUCAACCGCAUCCGAUGUGAUGAACACUAGGGCAGUGUCGACAGGCCACAUCUCCUCCUUUACCUCGCCUCAGCCCGCUGUCUCCCCUCUCCCUUCCUCGGCCGGUAGACGUCUGUCGAUGUCUUCUGGCUAUUCAGUCGGGGACGCCCAUUCUCCUAGCGCAACCGCUACUGUCUCCACGGCCAACGAAUCCCGCUCCACCCCGCUGGGAUUAGCUGGACCCAGACCGCGUGCUCGGUACGAAUCCAUGAGCCCAGAGGGUGAAGCCUGGGUUGCAGAUGUUCUCCAAAAGACCCGCCGCUCCAGCUCCCAGAACCCACCCCAUUUUGCACUGAGCAUGCCGCCUGACCACGAUGCUGAUGACCGAUUUGAAAUUGGCGAUGGCAGCGUGAUUGAACACUCCUUACCCAAAGUCCGCAGCAUUGGCGAUAUCGGCUCAAUGGGCACAAGCAGGCGGGUCGUGCUGAAGGGUCUGGGGUCUCGCAGGCCGUGA